AUAAAACCUAAGCUUGGCGUAUUUCUACUUUUCACUGUAGAAACUAAUCAAUGUCACUGUUAGCUGUUUGUGUUACCUUAAUCUAUGUACCAGUCAGCUUCAGCGCUUCUUCAGAUAAUGAUGUCUACCACACGUUAUUUGGAAAAUUGGCAACCUUUAAAGAUCUUUUCAUUAACGAUGAAGUAAAGAUAAACAACAAAGACACAAAAACCAGGCGAAGUGAUGACAUUAUGGACGAAGACCUUUACACAUUAGAUCUAGAAAUACCAGAUGUAAUCAAAUGCCGUCCUGUGUAUCGCUCUAUGAACUAUACCUUCGAUUUACAUGACUACCAUCACAUUAACGACCAAUAUGAGAAUUUCACGAGACAAUUUCCGAAUAAAACUAGACGGUACUAUCCUUACGAGAGAGACGACAAGUUUGCAAACAAUGUCAUAGAACAGCACAAAAAAGGUCGUGUGGCGAAUUUGCUGGUUCAGUUCUUGAUGCACUCAAAAUAUGAAUUGGGGAAGGCAUUGACGCAGCGUGACCUCAUCAGGCAAGACAAACGGUACCAGCUGGGGUACUUGUUCAAUAGACUGCGUCGCCUAAAGACCGAGCUGUUUAAGAUGGUAGGCGUGGCUUACAACCAGUAUCAUAUAAAAAAAUACUAUACUUACUACACCAUGCACAACCUGAUGCGCAGUUACGAGAGAGUGGUCCACUUCGACAUAGACAUUAGAGACACUUGCGAGCUCAUCAAACAAGUUUUCUCUGUACCUAAAAUUUAUGACGUAUACAGUAAAAAGAAAAAGAAAAAGGAAGGUGAUGAUGAUGAUAGUGAUGAUGGUGAUGAUAAAGAUAAAAAGGGUGACUAA